AUGAGACAGAGUUUAACAUUGAAUGACAUUUUAGCAAGUAAGUCAGACUGCACAUCUAACAAUGGAACUAACUUCUCCUUGUAUCUGAGAGAGUAAAGUCCAACUGCCACGCUAUCUAAAAAAAUCAUUAUCAAGGCUACUUCGAGAAAGUCAGAUCUUGACUCAGCAUUAAACUUUUAAUGUGAAGAGGUUAAAGCCUUAGAUGUCACAAAAGAUGGGGAGGAGUUUGACCAAUACUAAACAUUUACCCCUAACUCAAAGAAUCAAGAGUCUAUAUGCUAGCUCCCUUGGGAUGUAUCUAUGAAAUUUUCAGCAGGUAGUUUCAAUUCAAAACACUCAGAUAUAAUGCCAACAGAAAAAGUCGAGGAAAGCAAGAAAGUUCAAUUCAAAGUAGAGAACUAAGAAGAAGAGAUAAAGGUCAAAUAAAAUUAACUAGAUAGACCAUCAACUACUUAUUCAGAUAUCCUAUAAGAAAAAUCCCCGCAGAUUCAUAGAUCUUUUAAAAACCCAGGAGGAUAUCACUUAUCAGAUGAACUCUACUAAAGAAUGGCACAUGAAUUUAGAUGUCCAAUUUGCAAAGACAUCCCAGAAAAGGUAUGGUUUCUAGCAUGUGCUCAUUUCUUCUGUGAGGGAUGUCUAUAGAGACAAGUGAAUAGGCAGAAGACUGACACCGAGUUUCCAAGAUGUGCUGAGUGUAACUAAGAGUUUUCCUAUAGAAACAAAAAGAAAAACCAGAAGUUUGAAAAGCUACUUGAGCUGUUCAAAGAGAUCAGAAGUGAUAAUAACAUUAUGACUCAAAUUCCACAAAUGGAAUAGUUUAUGUUUGAUCCCUUUAAAGCUGCAGAAAAGCUAAAAUCGAGUAGACUCCAGAUGUUAAAAACUCUUAAUCCCAGAAAUGAAGUAGAUCCUUAGAAUGAUAAAAAUGAAAUAUAAUAAAAUGAGAAUUAAAAGCAAGAAAAGAAUGUGAAGCCAGCAAAAAGAAAAUCUGAUUAAAGCGAUUAGAAUUAGACUUAGAAAAAGAAUAACCAAAGAGUUCAAUCAAUGCCAUCGAAGCAAGCAGUUUAGUAAAAGCUGAGCUUUUCGACAGUGGCAAAAAGGCGAGACUCAACAGAGAUUAGAAAUAUGAGUGGCAAUAAAGCUGGUAACAAUAAAUCAACUAGAAGAAAUAGUUAAGUGAAUCAGAAUAAUAAGAUUAAAAAUGAAAGAAAAGACCAGUAGCCUUUGAACUAGGUAGACGAAGAUGAAUUCGAUGAUGAAAAUGAAAUCGAAUUACCAAUUAGAAGAGAUGUAAACUAAAAUGAUAGAGGUGAGCAUGAGGAGAUUAAAGUACAGAAGAAAAGGGGAAGGCCGCCUAGUAAAAUUGUUGUUGACAAAGAUAGAAAUAAUAAGAUAAAUAAUACUAAUACUGGUACUGCAGGAAAGGAAAAGAAAAACAGGAUCAGUACCACAUAGUAAAAUAGUGGAUAACUUUAAAAUCAAAGAAGAGUUACAGGGACAUUCAUUGAGAAAAGAUAGUCACUUGAAGAGGGUAAGGGAACUGAUGCAUUCAGCAAUCAAAAUAACACUACAGUUAAUAGAAACAAUAAAAAGAGAAAGAUUCAAGAGAUCGAACCAGUUGACGAAGUUAAAUAGGUCUUAAAGAAAAGAAAAAUUAAUACCGUAAAUAAUCAUCCUCAACCAGUCAGAAAUAACAAGCUACUCACUAUAAUGCAGAAAUUCAAACAUAUCAAGUUCAUUGACAGGGCUUAGUUCAGUUAAGCAAUCAUUUAGAAUCCAACCCAGAAAAUUUUAGUAGUUUAGAGCUGUGAAGUCUUGCUCUCCUAUCCUAAAGUCAUUCAAGCAUUAGCUUAUGGAAUUCCAAUAGUCUCUUGUGCAUGGAUAAACCAGAUGCUAAAUGUUAACAAUGAGCAGUAAUUAGCUCAAUUUCAAGAUAAAUUUAGCUUUAUGAAUUAUGCUAAGAAGCAGCACCCUGAUAUAUCAAAGCUGUUCCAUGGGUUUCACUUCACUUUGCACACCGAAUUAGAUAAGGACAAGAAAGAAUUACUGACUAAUGUGCUCAAUAGAUGUGGAGGAGUGACUUCUAGAGGCACAGUAAAGCGAAAUGGUCCGAAUCAAUUCAUAAUGGUUCACGUUGGAUUGAAAGGCAACAAUCUGACCCAGGAGGAGUAUGAUAAAUAGUAAGCUGACUUCUAGAUUUCAAACGAGUUUCCACAACAAUUCAAAGUCAACAGCCAGUGGAUUAGUUAGUGUAUUAUCCGCGGGCAUACUCUUCAGCAUAAUGACGUGUUCUUCCAAGCGAAAUGA